AUGAAAGCCACAAACCCAUUUUUCAACAAACCAACCCUCCAACUCUUACAACAAUGCAAAAACAUAGACACCCUCAAACAAGUCCAUGCCCAAAUGAUCACAACAGGUCUGAUCCUCCACACCUACCCUCUCAGUCGCAUCCUUCUCUUAUCCUCCACCCUAGCCACCUUAUCCUACACACUAGCCAUCUUCAGCCAAGCCUCUCACCCGACCAUCUUCAUCUACAACACCCUCAUCACAUCCCUCACAAGCCAUCAACAGAAUGACCAAACCCACAUAGCCUUUUCUCUCUACUGUCGCAUUCUCACUCAUACCAACCUCAAACCCAAUGACUUUACAUACCCAUCUCUCUUCAAGGCUUGUAGAUCGCACCCAUGGCUCCAAUAUGGUCGAGCCUUACAUACCCAUGUCUUGAAAUUUCUUGAGCCCUCCUAUGAUCACUUUGUUCAAGCCUCAUUGCUCAAUUUUUACUCCAUAAUUGGCAAAGUGAGCAUUUCAAGGUACCUUUUUGAUCAAAUCAGUCACCCUGAUUUAGCUACAUGGAAUUCUAUAUUAUCUGCUUAUGCUCGUAAUGCUAGUGUACAUUGCAAUGCCAUUAGUAGUGAUGAUAUUGACGAUACUGGUUUGUCAUUAGAAGUUGUGUCCUUGUUUAAUGAUAUGCAGAAGUCUCUGGUUAGGCCCAAUGAGGUUACCAUGGUAGCUUUAAUCGGUGCUUGUGGUAAUUUGGGUGCAUUUGGACAAGGCACAUGGGCACAUGCUUAUGUACUAAAGAGGAGUCUCAAAUUAAACCACUACAUAGGCACGGCUUUGAUUGAUUUCUAUGCCAAUUGUGGAUGUCUCGGACUUGCAUUUCAGUUGUUUGAUCAAUUGCCUGAGAGAGACACAUUCUGUUACAAUGCAAUGAUUAGAGGGUUUGCAAUUCAUGGUCAUGGGAACGAGGCACUUGAACUUUUCAAGAAAAUGAACCUUGAAGGGUUGCUUCCUGAUGAUGUGACAAUGGUAGUUACAAUGUGUGCUUGCUCACAUGUUGGGUUGGUUGACCAAGGUUGCAAGUAUUUUGACUCUAUGAAGGUGGAAUAUGGACUUGAGCCAAAACUUGAACACUAUGGGUGCCUAGUGGAUCUUUUAGGUCGAGCUGGGCGGGUUAAGGAGGCUGAGGAAAAGGUUCGGACAAUGCCCAUGAAGCCUAAUGCAAUUUUGUGGAGGUCUUUGCUAGGGGCAGCUAGAGUUCAUGGCAAUUUAGAGAUAGGUGAACUUGCACUAGCCCACUUGACACAGUUAGAGCCAGAGAUUAGUGGGAAUUAUGUGCUUUUAUCGAAUAUGUAUGCAAGCAUGAAUAGGUGGGAUGAUGUGAAAAGGGUGAGAAAAUUGAUGAAAGAUCAUGGGAUUCAUAAAGUGCCUGGAAGUAGCUUGGUUGAGACAAAUGGUGCUAUGCAUGAGUUCAUUAUUGGUGACAAAACACACCCACAAUUGGAAGAGAUAUAUUUGAAGCUAGAAGACAUGAAUAGAAGAUUGCAAGAAUAUGGUCAUAUGCCAAGAACCAAAGAAGUGCUUUUUGACAUUGAAGAGGAAGAGAAGGAAGAUGCACUCUCAUACCACAGUGAGAGGCUAGCUAUUGCGUUUGCACUCAUUGCAACUGAUUCCAGCUCACCAAUUCGUAUAAUAAAGAAUCUUCGAAGGGGGCUUGUUCUUGUUUGGAUUACUGGUGAGAGGCUUCCUAACAUUUACAAUGUUCCCACAAUCAAAAGAGAUACACUAAAGCUAGCAGAUAUGACUAGAAGAUGCAAAGAAUAUGGUCAUAAGCCAAGAACCAGAGAAGUGAUAUUUGGCACUGAAGAGGAAGAGAAGGAAGAUGCCCUCUCACACACUGAGAGGCUGGCUAUUGCUUUUGGACUCAUUGCAUCUGGUUCCAUUGCACCAGUGUUGAGUUAUAAAGAAUCUUCGGGUUUGUGA